AAUAUCGAAAACACAAGAUUGGGAUGACUAUGGCUCCAAAGACCUCAACUACACUUGCUUUAUUCCUUGUGAGCAAUAUUCUCUUCCUCAACCUUGUUACCCCGGUUUUCGCAGACACUACUUGCCCAAGAGACUCUCUCAAGCUUUCGUCAUGCGCAAAUGUUCUCAACCUCAUCAACUUGAAUCUCGGUGCACCGGUUAUGAGACCUUGUUGCUCUAUUCUCUUUGGUCUAAUUGAUCUUGAUGUUGCGCUUUGCUUUUGCUCCGCGCUUAAGCUCAGCAUUCUUGGCAUCACCAUUGACACUCCUAUUCACCUUAACUUGGCCCUUGAUGCCUGUGGACGAACCCUUCCCGAUGGAUUCCGUUGCCCAACAUAGCUGCAAUAUAUACAUAUUUAUCUAUAAAUGUAUGUUUUCGUAUUGGUUUUUGGCUAACAUCCAAUAUUCAUGCCUGUGCAAUUUACG